CUGCGGGCCGGAGGCGAGGCCGGCAGACCUACAGCCGGUACCAGACCCUGGAGCUGGAGAAGGAGUUCCUCUUCAACCCUUACCUGACCCGGAAGCGCCGCAUCGAGGUGUCGCACGCGCUGGCGCUGACGGAGCGCCAGGUCAAGAUCUGGUUCCAGAACCGCAGGAUGAAGUGGAAGAAGGAGAACAACAAGGACAAGUUCCCCAGCAGCAAGAGCGAGCAGGAGGCGGUGGAGCGGGAGAGGCGGGAGAAGGAACUGCGGGAGUCCGGCGCGGGGAGCGGCGGAGGCGGCGAGGAGGGAGGCGGAGGGGCGGGAGCCGUGGGGUCCCAGGGCCCCRUGAGCGAGGACUGCUGCGAGAAAACCCACAAACAAAUGUAGGCAAUGACAGCGGAACUGGACGGAGGGGGGGGAUUUGGGUGAAACCUAAUAGGCAGGGGUGAUGGUGGGUGAGGUUUUUGCUUUGGUCCCUUCAAGACUCAUCAGAUGAGUCUGCAACGACAAGCUGUGAGUUGGACGGGCUGCAGGGGGUCUGCUGACUGUAAAAACCACAGAAAAAUAAAUAAAAUAAAAAUAAUAAUAGAUAAAAAGAGCUGUGAAGCGCCUAAAGACCCCAGCAGCGCUAAGUGAAUCAAACUGAUUUGGGUGGAGCUAACCAAUCAAACGCAAGUGUAGCCUAUCCCCCCACACCCCAUCUCCCUCUCAAAAAAUAAAAUAAAAAAA